AUGUCAGCCGAUGAGAUGGAAGGACCAACAUUUAAACCAAUGACACGUUGGGAUGGUGAACCGGCCGAUGUGACCGUCCUUACUGAUGGCUUCCGAUUUCCAUAUGCCUGCAGUGUUGUUACUCCAAAUCGUCUUAUGAAGAGCGCUAUGAGCGAAAAAUUGGCAACAUUUGACUCAUCUAAUAUGGAGAAAAAUGGGAUACCCACUGAAGAACUUAUAAAUUUAUACAAAAAAUUCGGUGAAGGCGGGUAUGGUAUAAUCGUUACGGGAUGUAUUAUGAUCAACCGGCGCGAUCUUGAAGCUCCUGGAAACGUAAUAAUCGACAAAGACCUCGACACUGAAGAAAGACGUGAGGCUUUCAAACGAUGGACUUCGGCUGGAAAAGCAUGUGGAAGUCUUAUGAUCGCACAGUUGUUCCAUCCUGGAAAAUACGCAGCAAAGUUACCAGAAGGAUCGAAUUUCGACAUAAAUACGUUGACACGAGAAGAAAUUCGUAAUUUAAUCGAGGAAUAUGCAUACGCCGCUAAAUUUGCUCAAGAAUGCGGUAAAACUGCCUUUUUUUUUUUGCACAGUCAUCAUGGUAUAAACCCCCCACCCCCAUCUAAGAGGGCAUUUCACGCCUCAUAUGGAACAAUUUUAGGAUUUGACGGGGUGGAAAUAUCCAGUGCCUACUUUUAUACACUAGGACAAUUUUUAACAUACGACACAAAUUCGCGUACGGACGAAUAUGGCGGGUCGUUGGAAAAUCGCUCCCGUUUACUAUUUGAUAUUAUGCAAAAAUUAAGGUUAGACAUACAAUCCGCUCCUGUUGGAAUGAGACUUCCUCGACAAAAUAGCUUUGUUUUUGGAGUUAAACUCUAUUCGGGUAACUUCGAACCAGGGUAUGACGACGAGGAAUUUGGCGAAUUUGUACACAACGUUGAGAAAACAGGCUUUGACUAUGUAACGAUUACUGGCGGUCACUACAAACUUCUUCGCGAGUUUCCUAAAGAUGGUUCGAAAAAAGCAGAACACUUCUAUCAGACCGUAGUCCCAGCAGUAAAUUUUAUGAAUUCUUCAGAUCAAAUAAGAAGAAAUCUAACGAGGACCAAACUGUUCAUGAACGGCAACUUCGUAACGCUGUCCGAUAUGUGUGAUGCAGUGAGAGAGCGAUGGGCGGCCGGUAUAGCUCUAGCUAAACCUGUUGCUGCUGAGCCAGGUUAA